AUGGCAUCGUUUCGGCUGAUCCAUAACGACAGAGUGCAGCAGUUGCCAGGUGGAGUUUUCAGUGAUGUCACUUUUGAAGAUAUUCGCAUUUCCUUCACUUCUGUACAGAGCGUCCAUCCUGAGGCGCUACUCCCCUCGAAAGAUCGACUUAGGAAUCUGGAUAUCAACAAUAGCAAGCUCAGAGAAUUUCCUUAUGACAUAAUCGCACAAUUUAGCAAUCUCACUGACCUUUUCCUCGACGCAACUGAGCUGACCGCUCUGUCAUCAUUCCAAAGUUCGAGUCUGGAGGCUCUCGUUGUCGGGGAUCAUAUAAACUAUCUGGGGAAUUUGUCUCUACCAAAUCUGAAACACCUCCUUUUGGGUUUUAAUCCAAUUUCGAAGUUUCCGCCUGGAUUCUUCAGCUCCAUGGAGAACUUGCAACAUUUUCGUGCUUAUUAUUGUUCCCUUGGACCAACAUUGACGAAAGGAUCUUUGGAGUUCCGGGGUUCCUCGCUAUAUGAUAUUGACAUACAAGGCAACUCCAUCUCGAAUGUGGAAUUUGAUGCAAUCACAGGUUUCAGAGAAUCCGCGUGGAUAGAUCUAAGUGAAAAUGAAAUCUCAGUAUUGAGAGAGGAACCUUUCCGCCCUAUUCUGGAGAAGAUUCGGGAAAUCGAUCUCAAUGAUAAUCCUGUGGUGUGUGAUUGCACCAUGGCCUGGAUCGUGCUGAAUCCCGAAUUCCUGGCAAAAGUGAAGGGAUCUUGCACCGAUGGAACUGACUUUCAAGACUUGGACCCGAUCGACUUUCAGAACUGCCUCGACAGAUUUCCAUGAUUGCCGAGUGGCUACUCCAUUUUCAUCGAUUCCGAUGAUAUUUAAACAAUAAAUGGACUAUGGAUCAACUACC